AUGACGAUACACAGCAUCAUCAACGAUGAACAGCUCUCGCCCGGCGUGUACUCGCCCCAUCGCGGGCUACAAGCUAGGCCUCUGUACGUGGAGGCUGCGCGGCAACCAUGGGGCCCUAGCUUCGAGGCGCCGGUUACGUUGGCCAGGCGGGCCGUCGCCCUCGGAGAUGCGAAAUCGUUGCGGAGAAAUCUGGAGGCAUCCCUUGGUGGGAACGGCUACGACGUGUCCACGGCCGUGGAUGGGCUGAGUGGUUGGCGCUUCUCUUUGCUGCACCUCGCCGCCUUCGAGGGAUCCGUUGACACCAUCUUGCUCCUGCUCUCCGCGGGGGCCUCCGUCAACGCCCAAGACCUCGACGGCUGGACACCGUUGCACUAUGCAGCGCGGAACGAGAUGGGGGGGAAGGUCGUCGUACGAGCACUUGUCGCCGCGGGGGCGGAGGUCGACAAAGCGAAUCACCGCGGCCGGACCGCCCUGCACAUCGCGUACCUCUCCAGGAAUCACGAGACGGCUUCCGAGCUGCUGGAGCGCGGGGCAUCAAGCGCCCUCCGGGAUAAUUUCGGGAAGACGGCGCAGCAGAUGCUAGAGCUGAGCAAGCCCGUGCGACGGAGGCCAUGGACCGGCUCCUCCGCAAUUCCCGGCGGUUCGAGGGAACUCUCUGCUUGUCGUCGGGGAUUGCCAUGUACCAGUCGACCCCGUACAGGCGCGAUGCACACCGGUUCUUCCGGCUUGAUUCCUCAGUUCGUUCCGCUUCUCCCGCCCACCGCCUUGUGGCUGCGAGCGUAUACAGCAACGGGAAUUUGCGGCGGUAGUGCCCAUGCCCGGGAGGCCGCGUCUGCUUCUUCCAGGGGCCAGAAGAGUGUCGCGGCUGCGGAGACAGCGGCAGCCGACAGACAUCUCCACCACGACCGAGGCCAAAUCGACGUCGGAGACUCGCUUUCCACGCUGCCGCCGCGCAGCUCCGUGGCCAACGCGAAGGAAGGUAGCGCUAGCGCGCUGACGGUAGUCGCCGGGGCCGAGAGAGACGGCGCCGGUACCAGCGGGCUCGCCACCAGCCCGACGGAGUGCUGGCGCUGCCACCGAGAGAUGGCCAUUCUCGAUGCCGACGAUCGUCAUCACCAGCGUGUCGCUGGGAGCUACACCGGUGCAGCCUCUACCUCUCCCUACGACGCCCGCGGGGGUCUUGACCACAACUCGUACUAUUCUUCCUCUGGGGCCGAUAACGAGGCUGCCGGUCCCCGCGGUGACACGGCAGGCGGCGGCGUGACCUACGCCUCCCGCACUGGCGUUGCACCACGGCAAGACCAGCUCCGCCGACCACCCUCUCCCGGGGUGGCGGAAACGCUGCUCGCCGAGGCCUCGGCGUUUGGAACGAUGACCACCGACGGCAGCCCAACGAGCGGCGGCGGCGGCGGGGGCGUCGAUGGCGACGCCUCCCACGCUCCUCGGGGUCGCGCUGAUGUUGCCGGGCGGCCGGUGUCGCAAGCAGCGGUGCAAGAAGAAGAAGAAGAAGAAGCGAACCAAAUUUUGGAGCUGUCGUUCUUGCACGUCCGCCGACACAACGCCGGGGAAGGAAAAGAAAGCGCUUCGGAGAACCUGGCCGCCGCACGUGAACGGUCGAGCAGGGGCGGCGGAGGCGGCCGCCGGCACGGCGGUGCAGGUGGCAGAAUUUCCGGGAGGUCACCCAAUCAGAGGAGCCAAAGAUACGGGGUGGUACGAGGCGGGAGAAGAAGAGGAACGACAGGCGCUGCGGGGGGAAGAGCGAGAAAAAAACACGACCGGGCGAGGGGCGGGGAGGGGGCGGGUGGGGGGUCUUCCGCCACGGGUCAGCAGCGGCGCUUCUUUUGCCCAGGAGACGAGGCACGUACUCGUGUUAGGUGCAACGGGAAAACAUGGGGGCAAUUCACGAUUGUGGAGGUGCCCGAGUACGUGGUUGGUCGGAGGCGGAUGCUCUGGGCCCAGAGGUCGGCGGAGCGGUACGCCCGGCGCGUCUCCGACCUGAAGAGGAGGCGGGAAGAGAUCGCGUCCCCUCGCCGGCGAAAGAUGGCCGCGGCCGCCGACAGAGAGAAGCGGAGGGCCCACAGAGAGCUGGAGAGAAAAGAGAGAAUCCGAAAUUCACCGUUGAGGUGGGGCCGAGACGGUCGUCCGUGCUCCAGCCCCGCCGCGCUCCAGGCCACCCAGAGCAGCACAGAACCGUCUGCCGCUUCGUCACCGGCCCGAGAUUAUCAUCAGCGGAGACCCUCGACGGCCGGCCCGUACGGCGGCCGGUCGUGCCUGAAGUGCGAUCCCCGGCGGUGGUACCGGGGGGAGUUCAUGGGGGAGUUGGGGGGGCUAGGAGCGGGUUCGCCGCCACCGCCGCAGAGAGGAGGGCGGCAGGAGGACGACGGGGAGGGGGGACGGUUGUGGAACAAGACCGUGUCCGACAGAUACCGGUUGCUGCGUCCUUGGACGACGUCCCCCCUCGACGAAGGCGAGCUGUGGUGGGCCAAGCCCCGCCUGUGUGGUAGCGGGACGGCGGUGGUGGUGAAGGUCCUGGCCGACGGGAAGCGCGACGCGACGGGCUGGGAGGCGUUCAUCCGGGAGUGGGGGGUGCUCGAGUACCUCCAGGAAGAAGGCCGGGUCAGUGGUAGGGAGCCGCUGAGCGUCGGCCUUGUGUGCGCCUUCGAGACGGAGCGGAGCCUGGUCUUGUCGAUACCGGCGGGCUCAAGGACUCUCAGGGAGGUCGGCCAGCACAUGCACAGCGAGAGGCGGAGCAAGAAGAGCCGCAUUUCUGACGGCGGUGUGUUUAACGAUCAGGUGGAGUCGUUGGCCACCCAGGCCUGCCGCGCCGUCGGUUGGCUCCACCACCACGGCCUCAUCUCCGGAGACGUCACCCCUGACAACUUCAUCCUCCUGAGUCGCGGUGGUGGUGGUACGGGCAGGAGCAGCACCAGCGGUGGCUGCCACAGCGACAAGGGCCACAGCCCCGUCCGUUCGCCCUCACGGGGGCAGGGCGGCGGCGGCGGCGGAGGCUGCAGCGGCGGGGGGGGUGAGAGCGAGCUCCGCCUCGUCGCCGGCCGCUCGGCCGCUCGGCGGCCGGACGCGGCGGGGGGUUGUCCGCGGCACCCUCUCUUGGAGCCGUUCGACAAGGCUCACGCCUCCCCCGAGCGGAUCCAAGCGGCGCUUGACGACGUCCCGUGCCCCGCCGAGAUAGCCGAUGACGCGUGGGGUCUGGGCACGACCAUCUAUUGGCUGCUGACCGGGCGGGAGGACUACGUGCCGGGAGCCCGAGUGCACAGCACGUGGGGCGGAGACGAGGUCAACAGCGGCUACGAGAGUCCUGCUUCCGCCCAUGGAAACCGAAAACAAUCCCCGACAAGAGAGGACGGCGUACCGACUUGUACCGGGACGGUAUGCUCCGCCUUGCCGGACCUCCUCUCACUGGACCCCAAGAGGCGAGAGACCGCGCUCGCUCUAGCAGCAAGGCACGCACAACUCGUCCACACCAGAACCUUUGGGUCGCCGUCGUCGUCCCCCGGGGGUAACCCUCCCUUCCUUACGGCCGCGAGCUUGCCCAACAAGGGUACGGGGUCAUGCCCCCCGCGCCUGCGCAGGGGGCGAAGGGCAGCCUCGGCGUCGGCAGCCGAAGCCGUCGCAUUCCCGUGCUCGCUGCCGUCGACCCCCGCGGCGUUGAAACGGGACGACGGCCGCAAGGAAGAGCCUCCGACGGCGACGACCGAAGAAGCAGAGGCUACGGCAGUAGUAGCCAGGUCCGAAACGAACCGAGGUGGACAUGAUCGCGAGCCGCCCGGCGGUGUCGAGGAUGGCAUGGUUGGGGCGGGGGACGGCAAGGAGGCUGCGGUGAUGGCAACGGCAUCCAACGGCGCCGCGGAGAAGGACGGGAUCGAGCGUGGCCUCUCACAGAAGAGCGUCGGUGUCGGUGGAAGAAGCCCGACAGGCGAAAGGACGCCGAGCUCCCAAGAGCCCAAGAUCGGCGGCGAGACAAAGAAGAGCGUCGCGGUCGGGACUAGCCCUACCACGAGCCCUAGAGCAACCUCCAAGAUGGUAGGCACUAGCACCAACAGUCCGCGGACAAGGAGCCCGAAGAGCAAGGGGACCCAACUCGGAAGCCAAGCUCCUAACGGGAGUGGUGCUGACAUCAUCGGACAGAGGGCCCCCGAUCCAGCUGCGCACUCUAGCGCCGCCAGGGAGGCUCGAGACGGAAGCAGCAAAGGCUCCAACAACGACACGGAGGUAGCACCGGGAGGUGGAGGCAUUUUCGAAGGUGGACUAGAAGAAUCAGCUAGUCACCCCGCCAAGGACGAGUUGGAGGCAACUCUUUCGGUGUCCCCCUUGGGGGAGGCCGGUCGCGUGGAAAGCGAGGGCGGGAACCAUGGCCUUGGGGGAACGCAAGUCGACUUUCCCGCUGGAAGGAGCAGCGGUGACGAGGCGGGAGGCAAGGGGACAGGGGACGGCCGGGAGAGCGCGUCAUUUUCCCGUUCGGAGGAUGCCGGAGGUUUUGCCAAAGACGGCGUUGUUGUUGCGCCACACCGACACCGUGUUGCUGGGGGCAGCGGCGGCGAUGCGGGUCCCCCUGACGGCAGCGGCGACCUCCAGUCUAGAAACAAGAAGCAGAAGAAGAAUCGAGUCGCUCCCAUCGGCUUGGUCAACACGAAAACUCGUCCACCCGCGGAGGAAGCGAGCAUCGUUCCGGGACGCAAGGGGGAUUCGACAGCGACAGCCGGCAGUAAUGGUGAUGAUGGCGGAAGAACCUUCGCCAAGAACGUUCGUCGGAGUAGGAGCGGUAGUACCCUGUUGGGCUCGGCGAACGCUGCCGUAGUAGCAGCCCAGAAGAAGCGGCACUCGGCUGACGCUGGGGUGCAGUGCUCGCGGCCGGCCGAGUCAAGCGAUCAGUUGGUGGGGCAGGUAGCCCGAGGGGGUUGUGGAUGUACAGUCAUGUGA